AAAGCUGUGCCUGGUUUGGGCUCGGAGGGAACUGCAGAAACGGGAAAACGGCGCCCCCGGCUCCGGCGAGCUUCUACCAUGGGAUGCUGCACUGGGCGCUGUACGUUGAUCUUCCUUUGCACGCUGCAGCUGCUAGCUGCACUGGAGAGACAAAUCUUUGACUUUCUGGGAUUCCAGUGGGCUCCCAUCCUUGGCAAUUUCCUGCAUAUAAUAGCUGUUAUUUUGGGUUUGUUUGGAACCAUUCAAUACAGACCUCGGUAUAUAGUUCUGUACUCCAUUUGGACUGCUCUCUGGGUCACAUGGAAUGUUUUCAUUAUCUGCUUUUAUUUGGAAGUAGGUGGUCUAUCUAAGGAAACAGAUCUCAUGACCUUUAACAUCUCAAUGCAUCGAUCUUGGUGGCGAGAACAUGGGCCAGGCUGCAUACGAAGAGUGGUGCGCCCUUCAGCUCCUGGGAUCAUAGAUGAUAUUUCCUAUGUCUCUGUGACAGGUUGCAUAAUUGACUUUCAGUACCUAGAGGUCAUUCAUAGUGCCAUCCAAAUUCUACUCUCCUUGAUUGGCUUUGUUUAUGCCUGUUAUGUGAUUAGUAUUUUUAUGGAAGAAGAGGACAGCAGUAAAUACUGAUAUACACCUCCCAAUCUCUGGAGCCACAACUUUGGGGUUAAAAGAAAGAAUCAGCACUGAUGCAGUGCUUAUGCUUAGCAGUAUUAUGAGGAGGAACCAGGCUUUGCAACAAAAGCCCAAUUGUGCAAGACUAUCUCACAGAAGAAACAUGGCUUCAUUAUGUUCAACCUGGACUAUGGAUUCCUCUCCUGACAUGUGGCUGCAUUUCUCAGUCACCACCUGAGAUUCCUUAUUAGUGUUGUAAAUGAAGCCUUCUUAGAUAAUCUUGAAUUUUUCUUUACUCACUUUUAUGACAACUUGUACAUUGUAACUUUUUCCUUUUUGAAGUUUUUAAAACAAAAUAUCUAGUGUUUAUGGCAUGAAAACAGUGGAGCGUGUGAAAGAGUCCUCUUUUUCCAGAAUUUUACAUAGUUUUGGAGUAAGACAACUGUACUGUAUUUGCAUGUGCUAGUAAUUAUUUGCCAUACACAGACCCACACACAUACUUCCCCUAAAAGCUCUCCGUUCUGAUGAAAUGAGCAGGAGGGAAGGCAAGAAUGAUAAAAUUUUGACAUCCAACUAAAUUAAACAUUAGCCUUCUCUAUAGAAUCCCACUUAAUUACAGGCAUACUGUAGGAAUUGAUCAGGAAAAGUGGUUUUCCAAUUGUUACAAUGAUCAACAUCAUUGAACUCAAGUCUAUGCAUGAUUGCUCCAAUGUAAGCCUCACUUAGUUCAAUUGUGUUUUUCACCCAAUGACAAUGGCAUAAGGUAAUUUGCAUAUGCCUUUGCUUCGCCCAUAUGCCUUUCUGAUUCCAAGAUGCAUUUCUUAUACUGUAGCUGUUAUAAUUGUCAAAAGUAUUUCAUUCUUCAGAAUUCAGGGCAGAUGUGUGUAAUUUGCACAUAUUUUUUUAAAAAAAAUUCUCCUUAGAAGGAGCCAAACAUGAAUGUGUACAAUACUGGGAUCAAGGGGAGGCACCAACUACAGCCUUAUAAGCCUCAGAAAAUUCAUGAUGGCCUUAAUGUAAAAGCUGAACAGAAGGCAUUCAUUGUGAAGAUAUGUACAAAAAAAAUGUAAAUUUAUCUGUA